UGGAAGGUAUAUUAAUUUCUCUAAUGUUCAUUAUUGGGUCACUAUAUGGGAAAGAUCAAGGCAUAUUUAUUGUGGAGACUUUAUUCUUUCUAGUGGGAAUGGUGAGGUCACCCAUAAUGGAUUCAGUACCCAUAAUCCUUGGACAGCCGUUAUUGUAUCUUGGUAAGUAGUAACGUUUACUCAACUAGUCAUUUUCAAUUUUUACAACUCUCUUUUCUUGAGCGAUCUGUUUUCUUAAUUAGCACUCUAAGUAUCAAGUUUCUUGAAUAUUAUUGUUUCAACUUUAAAUAUUUAGGCUAACAAAGUCAACAAAUUUGG